AUGAUAACUUUAACCUUACCUAAAAUUGAUGAAACUACAAUUGAUAAUAGGAAUGUUGAUUUUAUCAGUUCAUUACCAUCAGAAAUUUCAAAAUAUAUUUUAUGUUACCUAUCAAGAUCUAAUAUUGAUAAUUGUCGACUGGUAUGUAAAAAUUGGGAUACUUUCAUCAAAAGCAAUUCAAAAUCAUUACCCAAACGUCAAUAUAAAAAAAUUAAAAUAUCAUCAAGAUCAGUUUUCCAAAUUUUUGUUAAAGAAAAUAACAUGAAAUCACGUCAAUGGAACUUUGAAAAAAAAGUUAUUUCCUGUGAUAUAAAUAGAAAUUUGAGAAAAAGAAAAUAUAUAGAUGAGGUGAAUACACCCAGUAAUGAGUAUACUGUAGUAAAUAAAGACAAUAUAAAAAAUAUUUUUACCGAUAACAAUAUUACAAAUGACAAUGAAGUUUCAAAUAAUACAUUCAUCUACAAAAUAAAUAGUUCUAUUUGGGAGGAAAUAAUUAAUUUAAUUUCAUCACAAUCAUCAGAUGUUUAUUCAAAUAUUUUUUCUCAAUCCAUGAAUUAUACACCUGUUAAAAAGAAAAACAAAAAAAAUACUCUUGAAUUUGAAGAAAUAACUUUGACUGAUGAGAUAAUUGAUGGAAUAAUAGAAGUGUUGAAAAAAGCAACUAUUGGUAUUCUAUCAAUUUCAUUUGUCAAAUUAACAUACUGUACUCCAUUAAAAUUUUUAAAUUUAUUUGAUAGAUUAAAUUUAAAUGUUACACGAGGUUAUCGUGUAAAUUGGGCUAGAAUGGCUAGAAAUGAACACUUUUCAAUAAAUGAUAUUGUUCAAAAAUUACAUUUAAAUGAAAGAAAGAUUAGUAAACAAAAGACACUACAAAUACUUGAUUUAGGUUUAUUAACCGAUUUUAAUAAUGAUACAAUAAUUACAAAUUUUAAUAUAAAAGAGGUAAAGAUGUUAUUAAAUACAUUUUGUGUCCUAAGAAUAGAUGGAUCAAACAUUAAUUUGGAUAUUUUAAAAGAAUUAAUGAUGGAAUGGAGAACAGGAUAUAAAUCACCCAAAAUAAUUUAUCUAUCAAAUUGUCCUUUAACAACUGAUCUCAAUACACAACCAAAAAUAAUUGAAUUUUCCAAAGAAUUAGGUGUAUCAGUCAACAAAAACGGUGAAACUUUAAUUUUAAAAGGAAAUAAUAAAUCUUUAUUCACUUUAAAAACUGUAAAACAUCCCAACUUUGGUGAUCAAUUACGAAUCGUCUUUCAAUAA